AUGGCCACACCGUCCAUCAAACUGUGCGAUUUCAGCGAAUCUUAUAUGCCCGACAUGCCCGACCCACCAGAACUCGGCUCCCCACACAUCCUCCGUCCACCAGAAGGCAUCCUCACCGAUUUGCCACACGCCACCCUCGCAAGCGACAUCUGGGCAUUGACUGUCGCCAUUUACCAGGUCCUUACGUCUGGCUUUUUGCUGUUCUCUGAACUUGACGACGGGAUAUUGGAAGCUAUGGUCCUUACGCUGGGCAAGUUCCCCGAGCCGCUGUGGUCCAAAUGGGCCCACCGCGCGAAGUUCUUUGACGACGAGGGGAACCCGGCCACCAAGACUUUUUGGGGUGUCAGUGGCACAGCCAGCAGGACGACGUUCUCCGAGAAUCUGCAGUGUUGGACUACCGAUUUGGACAAGAUUUCGGCAUUGGCGGCGAUGUUCGAGUCGAUGGCACAGUACGAUGCGGAGAGCAGGUGUCCGGCGCGUGACCUUGUGCAGAGCGAGUGGAUGACCAAAUAUUGCCGUCCGUAUAUGGCUGACAACGUGAUCUUGCCGACAGAACGCACGAAACUGAAAAUAAACACGCCGACAUAUUUCCCUGACGAUUGCGACCUUGGCCCACCACUACCCAUACCUACCAGUGUAAUCAAAUAA